CAGUUCCCUCAAGAGAUAAGCCAGAGCACCUUCAACGGAUGCAAUGAAAUUAAUGCUUGUAGCUUAAUUUUUCUUCUUGUUGCGUAUAUUUUCUUUAGAAAUGGAAUUAAAAUUCCUGAUCUAGGACCCCUUCCGCACGAUAUAUUUAGGAUGCUUUGUGCCUGUAUAGAUUUAGGAAAUAGGAGGUUUGCCGGGACAGUCUACCCAAGAGAUAUCUCUCCGUACCAGAAGCUGCCACCAUGUUGUCCUUUGCAAAUAUUUCUGUGACAGAACCCUUACCUGUUAGACUAGAAGAUGACCACGUACUGUCCACAGCAUGUGGUCAGCUAUAUAACCUUAAGGUUGACAGAACGUAUUUCCUAGACAUUAUUUCAAACGGGAAGACCUCUUUAUUUAUGGUAACUUCCCCGCGGAUAAUGUAUAUUAAUACGCAUGGUCAAGGAGCUUAUGGUGCUGUAAUUGUCAAAGGAUCCACUUUGAAUUUAAGAGCCUUCUGCGAUUACUUUUGGGAAAUGGAAACCUACCACAAAAGCACUUACAGGAAUCUUUCUACUGUAGUGUUUUUUUUAGCCUAG